GUCCUCCCUGACGAUUCUUUCAUUCUUCUUUCAUCUCUUGUUUAACCUUUUUUUAUUAGUUUUUUUUUAUUCUGAGCUCUGCACCUUUCGCUGUCGUGCCCCACGCCCCUCGUUACCCGUCAGAGAGGUUUCUUUUUUCUUGUCCUUUACGGUAGACUUUCCAUACACCAUCAUCUAUUGAGUCGGCUCGUUCGCCGCAGCAGAUAUCGCUCUCAUUCGCUCCCCCUUUCCUCUGGCUGCUGUCUCUGCCAACUCGCCGCCCUGCUUGUGCGCCCACGGUGAUCCUACACUUCUACACACAUAUCCUCCCUCAGGUCGCCGACAUCGUUGCAGGUAGGAAGGAGUAAACGACACUGGAAUCAGAUAUACGAGAGAGGAAAAUACGAAUCACUGCAUCACGUACGUGUGUAUGCGUGUGUGUGUGUGUGUUGGCGUGCGAUAGGCUUCAUUUCAUUGAAUUAAGCUGACACUUCGGUCCUAGUUUUUUUUUUCUUCUCUGUUCUCCUCCUUUUUGUUUUAAGAAAGCAUCUGGGCUCUAUACCAUCUCGUUACUUUCCAAAUAUAACCGCACACGAUUCAAGGCCUUUUCCCUUUCAUUAUAAGGAAAAAAAAACUUAGAGCAUCUCUCGCUCUCUCUCCCUCCCUCUAGCCAUGACCACUCUUGAGGCAUGCAAGGCGCAGUACGUGAAGGACCUGGAGCACCAGGACCACUGCUGCGUGCUCGAGAAAAUCACGCCCGAGCACAAGGCGUUGAACCGCCGCGUCUUCGACACGCUCUGCAGCUACCAGCAAGAGAUCACCGCGAAGGGCACCCUCCCCUAUCAGCCGGACCCGCUCGAGGAGAAGAAAAAGAAGGGCGACACCUCUCCCACCUACCCGGAGAACCUGACCAUCCGCGACCCGCGUCAGCUGAAGCAGAUUAUGCCCAUUCCCGACAUUCACAAAGUGUCCGACUGCGACCUCAUCUACCGCUUCCUCAUUGGGCGCCGCAUGGACGUGAAGCUGGCGCUAGGCGACCUUCUGCAUUACAUCGGUUUCCGCGAGCGGUACGACCUGAAUGGCAUCCUGUGGGACCGCGAGGUGGAGGCGACCUUCAACGGCCUCGACGGAGAAGAGCUGAUGCAGUUCGUGAUGAGCGAGAUGAAGCGUAAGAACUACACCACGGCCGACAAGGUGAAGCUGCCGCGGCCGCUGCUCCAGGCCGGGUGGGCGGCGUGGAACAGCGGGGUGGACCGUCGCGGGCACGCCAUCUUCUACCAGCGGCCGAACCCGAAGGAGCUGGCGAUGCUGGAGAAGCGGUGGCCCUACGUGGAGAACGAAUACGACUGUCGCAACCCGGAUUACAACUCCAUCACGCCGCCCUACAGCAACAUGCUGACGCGGGUGUACCUGCGGGUGCUGGAGAAGGGGCGCCGCAUUUCGCGUCUGCUGAACUACAACCAGCAGCACAUCAUCCGGGAGGGGUUGGGCUGCCUGGACGGGGUGAAGCCGACGUCGGCGGACACCUUCAUGGAUAACGGCAGUGGCACCACCUGCCUGGUGGAUGUGGGCUGCGUGAAGGUGUCGCACAUCACCUCCAGCAAGUGCAAGCGUGCGUUCCGUCUGUUCCGUGUGCUGUCGAUGAUGGGGCAGAGCUACUUCCCAGAGAACAUGAAUCGCAUGAUCAUCAUCAACGGCGGCUUCAUCUUCAACAUGCUCUUCAAGAUCGUCCGCCCCUGGCUGGACCCCCAGACGCAGAAGAAGAUUCUUCUCCUCUCGGCCACCAACAAGGCCAGUCUCGACGAGCUCAGCAGCGUCGACUCCAACAGCCCGUCGCCGAGCCAGAACGUGAACGGCAGCGGCGAGGAGAGCGACGACGAGGUCUCGAAGGACGGCUCCGAGAAGGCGAAGGAGAGCGACAAGGCGAACUUCGCGCUGCGCCACGCGCUGGAGGAGUACAUCCACCCCGACUUCAUUCCUGCCUGGUACGGUGGGUCGCAGCCGCUUAGCGAGGCCCCGCUCUUCUACGGCGGUGCGCCACCGAAGAGCAUGACGGCAAACCCAUUUUACGCGGCGGCGACGGAGCGGCUGCGGGCGGUGGUACUGCCGGAGUUGCUGCCGGAUGACUUCAUCUUUGCGCACGCAGAGGAGCAUCAGCCGGUGAAGAAGGAGGAGUGGGAGGCCUUCUGUGAGCUGCACCGCUCGACGCUCUUCCGCAAAUAA